UCAAUGGCGUCAUCCUUUAACUGAAAAUUUUAAUAGAACUUGGAUAGAAUAUAAAAAUGGUUUUGGCAAUGUGUCUGGAGAAUUCUGGCUAGGAAAUGAGAUCAUUCAUCUUCUGACAACACCACACCGAACAUUGUUUCAUAUUGGUAUUACAAAUAUUAAUGGCGGUUCAUGGUAUGAAAGAUUUGACAACAUGAAAGUAGCAUCUGAGGCUCAAAAGUUCACUAUAACUCUCGGAAGGGCAUCUGGAACUGCUGGCGAUCGGAGUACCAAUAAGUCUUCUGGCGGUUCCAUGGAUGGGAUGCCAUUUUCAUCAUACGAUUGCGACAACGAUUUACUUUCCGGUAACUGUGCGGCAUCUUACGGAGGGGCGUGGUGGUUUAACUCCUGUUACAAUGUUUUUCUUAAUGGUCCAAGAACACAUGACUAUUACGAGGGUGUUCUCCCCUCUUCAACCUUAAAUUCAUCCAUUCUUAUGAUAACACGACUGUAGCAUCAAACGUUUUGAGUACAUUUCGCGGUAUUUAUUUCAAUCUUUAACGUAUCAGGAAGAUUAUAUCACAUACUUACUGUAAUUACACACUUAUUGUAAAUUACUUCUCUUGACCUGUUUUACUGU